AUUCUUGAAAAUUAACAGUCUUGAGUUAAGAGGAGAUAGGACUUGUUUGAAAUACAUUCACUCGCUGAGGAUUUUUUACUACUAUUACUCAAGAUAAAGAGAGAAAGCAAUCUGGGAGAAUAAAAUGCGCAUCUAAUGUUAAAUUCGUAUCAGACAGAACUAAUUUUACUCCAGUUAUUCACAAGAAAAUAAGAAGAAAUGUAUGAGAUAAAAGUAAGAGAUUCAAUUCUAUAUGAAGUCUCAUUCAAACUGAGUUUCUUCCUCUUUAUUUAUUUAUUUAUUUGCUUUUUUGUGCAUCAGAGGAGCUGCACAUUAUCUGAGGCCAUCUGACUGCCCUACCUCCCCUGGUGAGGAGUGGUGGUGUGGUCCACGGGGAACUCAUCAUCACUUUAAAACGCACCAGAGACUUGGCACAAAAGAAGCGCUCGCAGGAAGCGUCUCUUAUUACACCGAGGGGAAACACGUUUUGCACCCUGCACACUUUCUGACAAGACUCGCUAAAAGUCAGCAAAAACGAGGAUUCUGUGCUGAAGAAACUUACUUCGGCUGCACCUGAUGCGACGCGGUCUGACUGCAGCCACAGUCCGGUGAUGUGGAUGUGACCAUUACGCACGAACUCGAUGCUUGCCUGUAGAUCUGGACUUUAAAAUAAGCAUAAUAUCUCUUGCUUUCUUGCUCUUAUUUUUGUCUGAACAGUCACAUGACGCAAACUGUUGCUUGGAGUCCAGAUUUUGCGGCGAGACUGUGUGCCUGCCAAGCUGAGUCGCGUGUCUGUUUGCUGAUAACCCACAACGAAACAUGAACGUCUCCUUCUUAGACGUGACCCAGGGCGCGCUCUUUAACGGGAGCCAAACACUUGCUGGGACACUUGCGACAUACUCCGCCAACGGCACCGACAACUUGGUGACCGGCGACGGCGGAGGGUCCCUGGUGCUGGUGCAAGACGAGCGCAAACUCUUCGUCAUGCGUGUGGUGCAAAUCGCGGUGCUGUGCGUGUUGUCGCUCACGGUCGUGUUUGGUAUAUUUUUUCUCGGGUGCAACUUGAUGAUCAAAUCGGAGAGUAUGAUUAACUUCCUGGUGAAGGACCGGAGACCCUCCAAAGACGUGGAGACGGUCAUGAUCGGUCUCAGCUAGAGCAUGGAGAGCAGGUACCGUGGAAGCUGGAGCCGAGGUCCGCUAUGAGGAUCUAGUUUGCUUUUCCCACCGCAGGUCAAGAUCGACAUCUGCAUGUACUUCUUAUAGACGCUCUCUUUGUCUCCUGUUCAGGAAAGAUAUGCAAAAACUUCACAUUUCCUUCCGACAAAACGACUACAGGAAUGUAGUCCAGCGACCAAUGUUUGUGCGUAAAGUUUGUGCGUAAAACACGGGAAAUUGUUUACACGGGAGCCGAUCUGUUGAAUAUUUUGAGUGAAUUUAAUGUUGCCAACUUGGACAAAAUGAAGAAAAUGUUUACAAGCUGUUACCUCAUUUUUUGUUAGGCUGUUUUUUUUGUUUUUAUUUGUUUGGUUUUUAUUUGUUUUUCUUCUUGUAAAUUUGAAAUGAUUGUUAGUGAAUGUUUUUAAAACUGUCAAAAGGCAUGAUUGUGAAUUCUUACGGUUCCACGUGUGCCAGUGUGCUAUGUGGACGUGGUGCAUAUGUGCAUAAUCUCUUUACAAAGUAUUUUUCUUGGUCUUGUUUGGUAAAUACACUUUAUGAAAAUUAUGACAUGUUGCACGUUUUUCAACAAACUCCAUCACAGCUUUAUGGGGUGAUUCUGGUCCUGUUUGGCAUGCUCGCUACUUGAUCUGUAAAGUGAUUUUUGAACCCGUUUUGCACUUUUGAAAUCACUGAUGCUGCAUGAAUUAUUUUGUACCAAAAAAAGAACAAAAAAGAAACAGAAAAAGAAAAAAGAACGAAAGAAAGAAAUUGCAGCAUGCAAUUAAAAAAUUAAGUGACCAUACGAAACUUUGUCUUCUGUUAAUCAACACAAUACACGUGAUUUCUGUGUUGCUUAGUUUUUUUGUUUGAUAGAUUAGGUUUCAGAUGUUUUCUUCCAGUUUAAGUCUUAGAGCUGAAUCAUCACUAUUCCAAUCUCCAA